CCCUUAUACAUUUUUCUCUACUCUUUUUAUUUUAUUUAAAUUAAAUUAGGUAAUAGCUUAACAGCUGUCUAGUAGGCUACCGAUUUAAUGAGUCGGUGUAUUAGCAGAUUGACAUGUUUCAGAGCAACAAGAAAACGUAUAAACUUUAAAACAUUAACAAACAUUUAAUGCACCUGAUGUAUCUCUACACAUGAAUCAACAUAGACAGUCUUCUAAGUCUAAAGUCUUCCACUAUUCAUAAUUCAUAUAGUUCAUAUAGGCCUAGUCAGUCAUAGUUUAUUAUAGUCAUAGUCAUAGUAGUAUUAAAAUUAGAACAUUCAUUCAUGUCAUAGGCCUCUAACUAUAACUCUACUACUAUAUUUUGUAUAGCCUAAAUUUAAAUAUUACUAAAUAAUACUAAUAGAUCUAGUGACUGGAUUGUCAACUUAUUGUACCCUGACGCAAGUGUAAGUAUGUAAUGUAAUUUUUAAGCAGCUUAGUUAUUUAAAUUUAAGUUAUUAAUAAUAUAAUAUAUAUAAUAUUAUAUACUAUAAAAUAAUAUACUCUUAUUACUUAUUACUAUACUUAAUGAGUUUAAGAGCUCACUCAAUAUAUUGAUAAUUCUGGCUCUUAUUAUAUUAUAAUUAAUAAUAGUUUUAAUAACAAAGUCUGCAAGGCAUGCUAGAAACUUUAGAAAGAUUUGUACUAGGGCUUAGGCUCAUUAGUCAUUAGUCAUUAGCCUAAGUACCCUCCUGUCUUGUUGGCCUAUUCAAAUUCAAGUCUUAGUUAUAAGUUGAUUACAAUUGACGAAUUAAUUUCAUAUUAUUAUUAUUGUUAAUAUCACUAGGAGAGGCACCUCCAGGGUUGGUGUCACAACUGCCCCCCCCCCCCUUUUUUUUUUGUUUUGUUUUUGCCAGACCUGCACUGUGUAUUUCUUAACCAGACCACACAGAAUGGUGCAAAUAGCUUAUAAUUUAUAGGCUACUCAUAUUAAUUGAUUGUAAAUUAAAUCCUAAAGCAAAUAUUAACAAAAAUUCAAAAGCAAAACUAUAACUUGAUGUAACAGCAUUAUAAAAUGCAUCAAAAUUACUUUUUAUUGAAAUAUUAAUAUUAAUUCUUUACAGUUUAUACUUUGCUUUACUAGCCUUCAAAGAUGCAAACGUGAUUUACUUCAACAAAGUUAAGAUUCUUCAAAUUAGCCUUAACACUUAAGUGACAAAACCACAAGACCAGAAAGUUUGGACUGUUUGAUAUUAGAUAGCAAAUAGCUCUCUAACUCUAUAUAAGUUUAAUUUUUGAAAAGCUCCUCUUACAUGAAGCCACAUAAUUUUUUUUUUUUUUUUUUGCGGUGAACACCAUUAAGUCAUGACCCACUUAGACCAUCCCAAACUUAAGUUACAUGACUAAACUUAUAAAAAAUUGCACUGGAUGUUCUUGUGGCACCCUACUCUUGUGGCAACUUUUUUUAUUUUUUUAAAAGCUCCUCUUACACGAAGCCCCCUAAUUUUUUUUUUUUUUUUUGCGGUGAACACCAUUAAGUCAUGACCCACUUAGAGCAUCACAGACUUAAGUUACAUGACUAAACUUAUAGAAAAUUGCACUGGAUGCUCUGGUGGCACCCUACUCUUGUGGCAACUUUGAGACACUUAGAUCUGGUGGUGCUCUGUCUGGUGGCAUCCUGCUCUUGUAUUUAUCUUAGACUAGAUAUUUUAUGAAACUGACUUGAAUGAGCCUUGUAAAAUUUGCAAUGUUCCAUUUAGUUUCACCACAGGGCUGCCAACCCUCCAUAAAGUUAUAAGCGGACCAUAACAAUAUGACCAAAAAUGUCUUGUUUGUUAAGCUCACUGAAAACUUCAGGAUAUCUGUAAAAAAAAUUAACAGUUUUUGAAGCUUGCUUUAAAUCUUUUUACUCACAAUGAAGAGCAAACUAUUGUGAAUGUCAUACAAUAAGCUAAGGCUUGAAAAUAGGCUAAUGUAUCAUGUUCAAAGGACAUUGAGCCAUGCCAAUAGAAACAUACUUACUUGAUAAUUGACAUGGCACAUCCAUCUAUCCCUGUAGCACUACAGCCUAUGUAGGGCUUUGGCCUGCCUCACCACUUCCUUCCACUCAGAUCUAAAUAAUGCUUUUCUUUUCCAUUCUUGGAUUCCCAGCUGCUGUCGAUCUUUUUCCACAUCAUUAGUCCCUCUAAGUCUAGGUCUUCCUUUCAGCCGUUUUCCUCAGGGGUUAGUUGAUGUACCCUCUUCACUCCUCAGUCAUUUGGCAUUUUUUCUAAGUGUCCUGCCCAGCGUAGCCUACCCUUUUUUAUUUCUGCUACUAGCAUGGGAGCCUGAUGUAGACUAUACAAUUCCUGGUUGGUUAGUAUUCUCCAUCCAUAUUUAUUCUUUGUUGGUCCAUAUAUAUUUUCUAGAGAACUUUUCUCUCCCAUGUGCUUAAUAGUGCAUAGAAUCAUAGAAAUAUAGUCGUAGGGUUGUUUGAUUUUUUUUUUUUACUACUUAGCUUAAAACACAUUUCCUUAAAAAAUGUUACUUGUCAAUCAAAAUAUGUCAAAAAAUUUUAUUUUAUAGAGUUGGCACCCUGGGUAACCCAACUUUGGGACCAGCACCCUUGCACCUCCCUUGUGAUGCCACUGAUCACUAGUUUAGACCCAAAAGACUGCAUUAGAGUACACUGACAUGCUUGUUUUGUAAAUUUGAGUUAAUUCACAUCUAGAAGAAAUUGUUACAUUGUGAUUCAAUGGGGCUUGAGAAAUGUUGGGAAACAUUAAAGGAGACUCUUAAGAAUUUAAUAAUAAUGAAACGCCCAAUUUUACCAGUAAAUUUGCAUUUUUAUGAAGGACCCGCUAUCUGACUAAACAGACAUGAGUAAUGAAAAAUUUCAAUCCUGUACAGUCUCCCAGACACCAUGUUUUCUAUAAUAAUCUUUUUUCUAUCAAAUACGUGUUUGUAGUUUUAGAAUUAUAAAGGGAACGUCUUCUCAAGACUAAAGUGUUCCAUGACUGAAAAAGUUUAGGAACUGCUUUUGUAAAUAAUACUAGAUCCAAUAUAUAUUUUAUCAAAACUUUCUUGAAUUUUUUACAUUUCAAAAAUAUGUAAUAAUUCAAUUUUUACAAUACCAAACAGAGCAUCUGUAACUGUUAGAUGUAGUUAACAAACCAUCAGAACGGAUAAAAUUUCUAGCAUUCUUUUUGUAAUCAAAGUCUUGUAAAGUUUGUUUAGUACACUUCAUCUUUUUGAAUAUCUCCUUGUCACAAUUUUUAAGAGGCCAUCACAAGAGUAGGUCUAACACACUUUUAACCUACUGCCCACUUAUCAUCUAAUAAGAUAAAAACAAGUGAGACUACAACACACUCUGAUUGUGACUGGCAAGGUCAAUUGAGCCAAUGUUAAAUAUAUAGCUUACAUCUCUAUUACCAAAUGAAAUUUUAUUUUCUCUAAGCUCCCAUUGGAUGGAUAGUACUGUUUACCCAAAAUGAACUUUAAUUAAUUUAUACAUCCACAACAGGUUCAUUUAUUAGUAAAGGUGCCAAAAAACAUGUUAACAAUUAUUUACUUGCUUUGCAUUUUGUGUGGAGUUGUGUUGGCUUCACCACCAGAUACAUUGAAGCUUGUCAGUGUGGUGAGUUAUAUCACUUUAAUUUUAACAUUAAAAUAACUUACAGUGAACAAAAAAUGUUUUGUGCUUCUGAAUUCACAAGUCGUUAGGUUUCAGAAAUUUGAAGGGGGUUCACUAGUGGUUACUUUUAUUGAAGUUCAGUUCUGUGAAGCGAUGAUAAUUAAAGGAAAUACUUUUUUUGAAAGUAAUUUAAAGUUAAAGAUAAAAAAAAAUAUUUAAGACACAAAGAAACUAUUUAAUUCUCUUUGUAAGCAUAAAAGCUGAAAGAUAGUCUUACGUUUUAUUGUAGCUUUCAUUAAAUUAGUUACUAGUUUUAAGAAAACAGGUGAAGCAAAAUGAAUGAAACACUUGUUAUUCCAGCUGUAUCGCCAUGGUGAUCGCAGUCCCACAACAGUAUACCCACUGGAUAAUAAUCAACCGGCUAACACAUGGCCAGAUGGACUUGGUUGGUUAACAAAUGUGAGUUUAAUUUUACCUAUUAAAAAAAUUUCUUUUAAUUAUAUUUUAAAAAUGCUUUAUUUUCAAGAAUUUAUAUUUAAAAAAACAAAGUGUCUUAUUUUAAUUAAAAUAGUGUUUUUUGUGGUAUUAUACAUUGACACUAAAUGUUCUUUUCUCAGCUUGGCAAAGUACAGCAGUAUGAACUAGGACAUUACAUUAAACAGCGUUAUGAUGGCUUCCUGAAUACAUCAUAUUACAAUCAUAAUGAGGUAUACUAUCCCCUUUCCCUAGCAAAUUUUGUUAAGCACUUUCAACAAUUUUGGGCUAUUCUAAGGUUCUCUCAUACUUUAUCUGUAUUUUUGAGAUUGAAUAUGUCUCUGUUUUUGAUGACUCACUGUCUAUUUCAGGUUAGAAUAACAUUUUAAAUUGACUUACAUUUUUUGAAAGAAGAACCAAACUUGUUUUAAACAACAUAUUUAGAAAAUAAACUCAAAAGUUAUAAGUACUCAUGAGGUUACUCUUUCUCAGAUAUUUACAAUUUUAAUACAUUGUGGAAUACAUGUAUUUCAGAUCCUUAUACAGUCCUCAAGUGUUGAGAGAUGUCUUAUGUCUGCUUACAGUCACCUGGCUGGUUUAUACACCCCUCAAGGAAGUCAGAUCUGGAAUCCUGAUCUUCUGUGGCAACCUAUUCCAGUACAGACGUCACAAGCUGGAACUGAUAAUGUAAGAAUAAAAACUGAUAACGUAACAAUUAAAUCUGAUAACAUAAGAAUGGAAACAGAUAAUGUAAGAGUAAGAAUAAAAACUUUCAUUAUGUAACUUCAUAAAGUUUUAUGAAUUUUUCUACAGUUAACACAUUGAAAAUGGAUAUUUCAAACAAAUCUUCAGUGUAAUGGAACAUGGUUUUAAAUUUUAUUUUCAUUCCCUUGACAGAAAUUGGCACUUGAUGCCCCAUGUCCAAGAUAUGAUCAGUUGACAGCUGAAGUUUUGGCAUCACCAGCAAUACAAAAAGAAGAGCAGGAAAAUAAAGUACUCCUCAAAUUUCAUUUUCUCAGUUUAUGUUUCUCUUAUAAUUUAUAGUAAUUUUUUAAAAUGCAUGUUGUCUUUUAUUAGUUGUAUUUGUUCAGUUUUUUGUUGAAAUUUCAUGUUUAUUAGUUAUAAUUCAAAUUUAAACAAUAUCUACCUUCUUCUUUUUUUUUAACUAACUAAAAAAGGAAAAAGCAGUAAUAAGUGCUUUGGUUUUGAGAAAAAAUUCAAAUAAUAACAAAAGAUUUUGCUUUCUAUAGUCUAUAUUUAUCAUAUAUUUCAAUUACUCAUUUAAUUACUUUUUUAAAAAAAGGAAGGUAUUUAUUUUCUCAGUAAUUGUGCAUAGGCCUACAUUCUUUUAAAUAAAUGUUUAAUUACAUGUACAUUAAAUCAACAGGCCUUCUAUGAUAUGGUUGAAAAUAGCACAGGGAUAAAAAGAGAAAGCAUUAAAGAUAUCUGGGCUGUAGGAGAUACUCUUUUCUGUGAGGUAGAUAAACUAUUAUAUACAAAUCUGUUUUAUAUCAUAAAAAUACACAGGCUACUCAAUUUUAGCAAGCUUUGGUCAUGUUAAAGAACCAUUUUUAUUUGUUUAAACAGUAGCAGUUCUCAAAUAGUAUGACAAAUGGUGUAAUUGAUCCCUCUUCUAAAUAAAAUUAACUUGCAUUCAUAUGUUCUGAGACCAUUAUUUUUUUUUUUGAUAUACCAAAUGUGGUUGAAUUUUAGAAGAAGCAUGAAUUAUGCUAUUUUGCAUUAUUAUUGGCAAUUAUAUAUGUUAAAUAAAAAAAAAGUUAUUUAAUUCUUUGAACAUUAAGAAGAGUUUUAAUAUUAAAAGUUGCAUAAUUGGUCAAUUAUUUAUGUACAACAUAAAAUAUAUUAAAUUUUUAAGAUUUCACAUGGUAUAACUGACAUUGUCUAUGUAUGAAAGAAAGUAUUUGGUGUAAUGGUGAGUUCAACAGCUUGCAAAAUAAAAUGUCGAAUAACUGCACUAAAUGAGAUUCUUAAAAAUACAGCAAGAGCAUAUUUUGCAUAAUUUUGUCUUUUGUUUUACAGAAAUAGUCUCAACUUAUAUAUGAUUUAUAAAUUUGUGGUAUAAAAUGGGUAGAACUCUAGAAUAUUAAUAUAGUUCGGUGGCGUGAAAAAAAGUGGGCGUUAACAUUAAGGUACAGGGGGUGGGGGGCUAGCACUAAUCAGGAUUCUUAUGAAAAGAAUGAAUAAAAAUAUGAAAGAAAAAAAAUAUUUUAAACUAUUUGUCACUUUAGUUAUAACAAUUUCAGCUGUCCCACAAUUUUACAUGGAAUGCCUGGGUGACACCAGAGGUUUGGACUAAAAUGAAUGCAUUGAGGACUUUGAGCUUUGACCUACUUACCUACAACACAGAAAUGACAAAGCUCAAGGGAGGUAAGUCAAGUUUUGUGAAUUUAGAAACCUAUUGUAAAAAUUAUAUCACCCACCUCUAACUGAGAGCCAAGAUAAAGAACUAAACCAAAUCCACAAUUUUGCAUAGUUUCAAUAUUAUUUCCUUAUGCUAUUCACUACACUCUAUUUUUUUUGGCAAUAAAUAUUAAUUGUAUUAAAUUUUAAUUGGGAUAAUUUGUUAUUUUUCAUUGUUGGAGGCUUGUGGCUAAAAUUUCUUACCUUGUAUUUGGUCUCUAGCUUAAUCAAGCAUUUUGCAUACGCAGAUUGCGAUGGUUUGUGUUUUUUAGUCUAUUAAUCUGCUGGUCAUCUAAUGCAUCCUGGUCUGUUUCGAGUCGUCAUGACUUAGUCAUACCAUUGGAUAAUACAGGCAAGGAUGAGAGAGUGAGGCUGACAAAUUAAGCAACUCUCCCUCACUUUAAAUUAAAUGCAGCUCAAGUCAAGGCUACGUCUCAAGUAAAAAAUUGCUUUGGUCAUCUUCGCAUGUGAAGGAAAAACAAUAAUAUCAACUUUUUCACAUUUUUAUAAUUACUUUCAAAAUGAUCAAGAUUUGCACUUUUAGCAUACUUGCUAAUUGUUACUUGUAGCAUAAUACGUGCAUGUACAAGCAAAGCCAACCCCUAUUUCUUUCCAAGCGGCAGUCAUCUAUUUCUGGCAAUGUUCUGUUUGUUAGACAUGCAAAGCCAGUUUCUGUCUUAUAGAUUAUAUUGAAUGUUUAUACAUUUUAACUCCUUUACUUACACAAUAAUUAUUUUUAAAAGUCCGGUACGAAAAGGUACAUUCUGUAGUACCAUUUUGUGUACACAAGCAUAUUAUUUUAUUGGUUUGGCUUAUGAGCAGGUUAUAUACUUUUCAGGAUUUUUUCUGAACAAAGGUAGGGUGGGGGAUGUGGACAUAUGAAAAAACAUGUAUGAGUAUAUAUAGGGUUAAUAUUAGCUUGGGGUAGAUUGAUUUGCAUCUCUUACAAACACUAUUUUGUUUCACCAGGCCCUUUGCUGAAAGAAAUCAUUGGCAACAUGCUGUCAGCUACCAAAACUGAAGUCCCCAAUCCCAAAUUUUACAUGUACUCUGCUGUAAGUGAUUUGAGGAAAAUCAUUAUUUUAAUUUAAUUCUUAAAUAAUGAACUUUAAGGAUCUGAUCAGUGGUCAGCAUUUGAAUUAUUAAAUGUAAAUUGAACAUGAUAACUUAGAAAUCAAUUCAACAUAUUCAAUAAAAUUCAAUAAUUAUUACUUUCUUGGCAAGUACCUAAUGAAAUAAUUGACUUUUAAAACCAUUUUCAGCACGACACAACAGUAGCUUCUCUUUUGUCUGCCAUGCAUGUGUUUGACCUCCAUAGUCCUAUUUAUAGAGCUUUAGUAAUGGUUGAACUGCAUAAAGUCCAAGAUGAUUAUAUUGUCAAGAUAUUUUACAAAAAUGAUACAACAAGGGAGCCAUAUGAACUAAAUGUACCUGGUAUGUUGGUAUGUUGUAUUGUCAUUGUAAUAAAUAGACUUGGGUCACACAUCUUAUUCCAUAACAUGGCACCCCAAGUUGACGUUUUAAGUGUAUUUAUUUAUAAAAAAAUAUAAGGAUAUCAGAUAAACCUGAAUUUAUAGGAACAAGUUUAGAUCUAUAUUCAGUCAGAUAAACCAUCAAAAUUUAAAUAUGUUGUUUACAGCAUACGUGUAAAGAAUUUUGUAAUUUUCGUUCCAAAGUUUGUUUUUCUCCUAAAAUGUGAAUUUAAAAAUUCAAGGCAUACAGACUUGAAGUUUAUUUGUUAAAAAAGAUUUAAAAAUUAGAUGUUUUUAAUGUGCAUCUCUGUAAAGAUAUUUUGUGUAUGUUCUUUAUCUAGCUUCAGUUUCUUUAAUGACUGUUAUUGUUUAUUUUCUGAACUUCUCAAACAGGUUGCACAAAUCCUUGUAAGUUGAAUGAUUUCAUAUUACAUACCAAAGACACUGUACCAUUGGACUGGGAGACAGAAUGCAAAAUUCAAAGUCUGUCAGCAUUUAACUCACCCUUGACUCCUGGUAAGAUAAAUUCGGUUAAUUUUAUUGGUUUUAUCCUUACAAAUUAUUUUUUUUUAAAGUUAUUCAUAAAAACAACAACAUGGAUUUUUCCUACUUUUGACCUAUUCAUUUAAGACUGUGAGACUCUGUACUAUUUUUAUAUUUUAAACAAUGCCUUUAUUUCAAAUCUCUUUUAAUCUAAUGAAUUGUUUUGUUUUCUCCUUCAAGCAUCUUGGAUCGCUCUUACUGUUGGUAUCUGCAUGUGUGUGAUCAUCAGCAUAGCAUUGAUCGUUUUGAUUGUGCGGCUUAAGAGAAAGCGAGAUGCAAUCUACACAAAACUCUAAAUAACAUCACGAGCUUAAAAAAAUAAUCAUGAUGACCGACUCUUUUUGAGUUCUAAGAUAGGAGAACUGGCUCAACGAAACCUGGAGUUCAUCAAGAACAUAUUGAUUUGUUUUCAUGCUCAGGGGAGGUGAUAAGCAAAUUAAAAGUUUUUACAUUAUAUAUAUUAUAAUUUAUCAUUUUAUUUUAUUGAUACAUUAUUUUUAUAAAAUUAGUUAAACAAAAGUUAGUGAUACACAUUUUGGGGAAUUUUACAAAUUUGUUUCAGGAAUAAACUUCAUGUUAUUUGAAAAUUAUAGCAUUGAAUUUUUUUGCCACUAUGUUAUUGAGUUGUUAGUGACAGUUUUAAAAGAAAAAUUAAAAUGUUCUAUUUGCUACCUGGCCAAAAUGUUUCUGACACAAAUUUAUAUUUUCAAACAGAAUGAUUUGACAAUGUUUAUUUUGUUCUUGUUUUUAAAAGUUUGCUUGGGUCAUUCCCUUAUUUUGGUGGACUUUGCUCGAUUUAACAACUUUGCUCCUGAAAAUUAACAAUUUUCAACUUUGAAGAUGUGUGUCAUACAGCUUAACCUUGGAUCUUAGGGGCUGUCCAUUAGGUACGUUACGCUCCGGGGG